AAGAGGAUCACCACAGUUUCUUGUAUCACUGUAUCAAAAAAAAAAGACGAUGGUCCUCUCUUGGGUGACGAAUGUUGGACUCUUUGAGAGCGUCUCAUGGAAGCAACAUUCAACAGCACAGAAACACCGCCAACCACCGUUCGGCCUCGUCAUUUUCUAAUACGAAUGAUCAGUUUAUCGAGACGACGCAUUUUGGCAUCCAAAUUCACAAAAUUAUUUGUUUGUUUACUAUGCUUGACAACAUUACUCUGCAUCGUUUUAGAAGCCAACAUUAUUCAUUCGCAUGUCAAAGUCUACCAAGAUUUGGUGAACAACAAAUCAAUACAAGAUGUACCAAGCACGUCUGUAGAUCCAGAUCAUCUUUUGUCUUCUUUGUCGGAGCAGCAAGCCAAACAGUUAUGGAUUGCCUUGGGGCUUCGAAGAUUAAAGAAUGAAAAUGUAUUUUUCAUCUUAUUUUCACUCUUUCAGCUGGUUUUGGGUUUAGAUGCAGUAAGAUAUUUUCAUGUGGGAAACACAUAUAGUGUAUCAUGUGUCGUCAUAGAUCUGCAUAAAGCUUAUCUUUAUAGAAACAUACUAUGGUAGAUUGUUCGGCAGAGUGUCAUUCAGCUUAUUGCUCAUACAGUCAAUCAAGGCGUGGCCGUCGUCUUUGCAGCCAUCCAAGUGGGAGGAACCAUAUACA